CUUACAUGGAUACAGGCCUUACUCAGUGAAUUGAGGAUCCAAAUACCACGAACUCCAACUAUUUGGUGCGAUAAUCUCAGCACGGUCCUCAUGUCUGCAAAUCCCAUCCUUCACGCACGCACAAAACACAUUGAACUCGAUCUAUACUUCGUUCGAGAAAAGGUCCUGGCCAAAGCACUAAUUGUCAAACACACCCCUGCCUAUGAUCAAACAGCAGAUGUAUUGACCAAAGCUCUUUCCAACACACGGUUCCUUCUUCUUCGAGACAAACUUAGGAUUGUUUCACUCUCUACCCUAAGUUUGAGGGGGGAUGUUAAGAGUAUAGGAUAACUUAGAUGCCCUGUUCUGUCUUUAGCUGCAUUAUGUCCAUUCCCUGUUGUCCCUUGAAUUUCGGUUGUAUUGUUACAACAGUUAUGGUUGUUACAGUAGUUAUGUUAGUUAUAGUCAGUGGGCAGUUUGGUCAAUUCAUUAGGUGUCUGUACCUAUAUAUAAUCUGUACUCUUUCCUUUAUUUCAAUGUAUGAGAAACUAUUUUAGAUAAUUCAUUUCUUUUAACACUCAGUUGCUCUUGUCAGACAUAAAUCUACAGACAUGCACUGAGGCUGAUAUCAUUGCAAAUGAAGAGAGUGAAUUGAUAACAGUCGCGAAUCAGAUGAUUACUUCUCAGAGGCACAAUAGUGUUACUGGCGAGAUUCUAUCGGCUAGAAAAAUUCUGGACAUGCACCUUUCUUUAAGAACCAAGUACUAUUGGAAAGAGGAACUGGUUACUGAUGUUAUGAAGCAUUCAGAAGACAUGAUUUUUAAGAACGUGUCAAUAGAAUCACUUGUGUACUUUUGGAAUAUUUGGAAGGACAAGAUUGUUGGUGUAUUUGAAUCUCUUAGAUGUCUUGAGACCCCAAAAGUUAAUAAGUUCAAAAAUUAUGGAGAGUUCUGCUUGAACUAUUUAGGUGUUUGGAGGGAUUUCAGUAAUUCGAAUCCAAUAUUUAGUCUCCUAUACCCUGAGGCUGAGUGGGCUCAGAAUAUUGAUAAAAGAUCAUAUACUGAUCCUGACAGAAAAAAUAGAAGAAGAUCAGAUAGUGGCAAGUUGGCAUCUAUUGAAUUACACCAGUUUGUUUCUGCAGCUCAGAGAUAUUGGUGUUCAGAGAUGCUUUCGGUUGGAGUCAUGGUUUUGGACAGACUCCAUGGUCUUUAUGACUUUCCAAUCCAGAAUUGUGAUGUAAUUUUCUACAAAAGCAGGGCUCUUACUCUGAUCUAUGAGGUUGCAACAUUUCUUUUGGAUGAAAAACUUCUGAAGCUGAGGCAUCAUGAGUCUGAGAGUCUGUUAAAGUACAUUAGAUUUUCUACUGAGAACAUAGUUGGUUACAUAUUCCCGGAGUUGUGGAAACCAUUGAGUAAAAACAUGAUUGUGCUCAGAGGAACUGGCACUACUGAGAGUAUGUUGAAUCUUGUGAUAGCUGAAUCUAUUAAUCUAAGUAAUAAGCUCUCUUUUAGACAAAUUGGAAGGAUUACCAUACAACAAAUGAGUGCAGUAUUGCAGAGAGAAGCGAAGAAAUUGACAGAAUUGAACAAAUGUUUUUGGAGAAAUGUGCUUUUCAUUAUUGUGAGAUCAAUGAUAAGAGGUCCAUGA